CUUACAAGUUCAUGAAUAUUUCAUGGCAUGUAAGGGGAAAAGAAAGACAAAGGGGGGUGUAGCCAAUCAGAUAACCCUGUGGACGGUCAGGCGGUGUAACCCCCUCCUCAUCCCACAUUCACACGCACAAGGCAGAACCUCCAGCUUCAUCCACCCACACUUUCUUCCUUCAGCUCUCCUGUCCAUACACUGCCUCACGUGUAAAAACAUGGCUGACAAACCCAACAUGACGGAAAUCACUUCUUUUGAUAAAACUAAACUCAGGAAAACAGAGACCCAAGAGAAGAAUCCCUUGCCAACCAAAGAAACUAUUGAACAGGAGAGGCAAGGAGAGUCCACGCCAUGAUUGAUGUUUGUAACUGAAGUCACACGGCAAAGAGUGAAGUGGAUGGCUGAGAUCAACAGAGAAGAUACUUUUAGAGGAAUCUAACUAAUUGAUAUGUGUUUGGUUUUAUAUGUGUGUUUGUUCAAAAACGAAAUAAAAAUGUACGAAUGUGCUGAGAGAAAAAUCAAUAAAACAGUUGAAAAGCGUGAGGCGA